GGUGGCGUAAUGGCGACGGAGCCGCUGCUGGUGCGGCUCAGCCCCGCGCCCGACAGAGGCGAGAAGCUGCAGCGCAAGAUCCAGCUGUACUUCCAGUCAGCCAAGCAGUCGGGGGGAGGCGAGUGCCAGGUUCUGCCAGGACCCGAGGCCGGUACCUACUGGGUGCACUUCCAGCAGGAGCGAGAUAAGAAGAGCGUGGAAUCCCGCAGGGAUCACGUCCUGCAAAUCGGUGACAAACAGCUGGAGAUAAUCAUCCAGCCGGGAGAAGGGGAGCGGAGCAAGAGCCGGUAUGCAGAGCAAGCCUCCCCCAGCCACGACGUCCCUUCCAGCUCUUCCCCAGCUCAGCAGGAGCAGCCGGCAGCCAAAAGCUAUGGAGACAAGGCAAAAGAAGUCCUUACCAAAAAGAUAUUUCUUACAGUGUCUGCGACUUUGAAUACCAGUAUGUUCACCAAACAGCAGAGGGAGAAAAUUACCACUAUAUGUCCAAAUUUAAAAAGAGAAGGAAAUCUUGAUAUUGAUGGCUUUGAGAAACUGACAGGAGAUUUUACAGAUAUUGAAGAAGCUUAUUCUUAUUUUAAGGGUAUCCUUGCAGACAAUAACCCAAACUAUGAUUUUUCACAUUCUGAAAGUAAGAAGGGUCUGGAAGAAGCGAAUGGUCCAAAUACUGAAGAAAUUAAUGAUCUUGUAGUUGUGUCAUCUCUAUAUGAAUAUUUCAGUCAUGCUUGCAAAGACAAAAUCAAACAACUGCGGGAACGUUUUGGAGUGUAUAUAAGAAGUAAAGAUCUUGAUGAUGGGAACACAUCAAUAUGCCUCCUUUCUGAUGGAAGUCCUGCAUCUAUAGAAGAAGCUCAAGAUUUUUUUAUCAGAGCUUAUCAGGAAAGUGUGAGAGAUCUGAAACAGGAAAUAAUUCCCAUAACAAACAGUGGCAUGUUAAAUGACACAAUAAUGAAUUUAAAUGCUAAGUUUAGUAAUCUCCUAGUCAGAGAGGAAGAGAAUCAGUUGCUACUCCGUGGUCCAGCUACUUUGAUUUCAGCUGCCAAAAGAUUUCUGUCAGAGGGAGGUGAGAAUGGUCAAGCUGAAAAGAAUAUGAAAAUAUCAUCUGAACUAUAUGAAUACAGGAAUGGAAUUGAAGUUGAUGCUUCUGUGUUUAAAUUGUUGGAAACAAUAUUAAGCAAAGAAAUGGAAGACAUUCAAGAAAAAUUUGAUACAGUGAUAGAAAAAGAAGGCAGUUCAUAUGGCCAGAAGAUGUUAAUAGUAUUUAGGCCUAAGAUUAAAACUUGCUGUGAUAUGUCUUCACAUGCUGCUGAAAGUUUCAUCAAUGCAUUUCAGAAUGCCUAUGCAAUGUUAAGAGAGAAACACAUCAUCUUGAAGCUUUCAGAAAAGCAGAAGGAAAGAUUAAGUAUGCUACUGAAUGGAAAACCAGUGGAAGGUCUGCAUGUAAAACUUAAGAAGAAGGAAGACAAGCUAAUUUUAACAGGUUUACCAAACCAUCUUUGUGCUGCUGAAAAGCACAUCAUGAAGUUUCUUGACAUUGAAGACUCGACACAAACUCAAAAUAGAACAUCACUGUCCUCUGAUCUCAGGCAUCAAGAAGGAGAGUCUGAGAAGAAAUACAAUGACAGGCAGAAGAACAAUCUUUCUUCUGAAGGGCAGUCUCAGACAAAGACAGAUGAAGAAGGCAAAGACACAUGUCCGAUUUGCAUGGACAGAAUUAAAAACAAAGAAAAGAUGAAAAAGUGCAAUCAUGAAUUUUGCAAAACUUGCAUUACCAAGGCCCUGGCUCAUAGGCCAUUUUGUCCUGUUUGUAAUACAGUCUAUGGACUCAUGAAAGGAGAUCAGCCAGAGGGAACAAUGUCAACUAGUACAUUGCCUUCUUCUCUCCCUGGUUACCCCAAUUGUGGUACUAUUUUGAUUACGUAUCUUAUGAAAGGUGGUUUUCAAACCAGCAAGCAUCCAAACCCAGGGGCACCUUUUGAUGGAACUACUCGACUGGCAUAUUUACCUGACAAUGAGGAAGGGCGAGAAAUUCUGCAUCUCCUCAGAAGAGCCUUUGAUCAAAAAUUGAUCUUCACAGUGGGGCGCUCACGUACUACUGGUAAAGAAAAUGUUAUCACAUGGAAUGAUAUUCAUCACAAAACAUCCAAGGUGGGAGGACCUUCCAAUUAUGGUUACCCUGAUCCUGAUUAUCUGCAGCGGGUUCGAUUAGAACUGAAAGAAAGAGGAAUUGAAUAAAGAAGUUUAUCAACCAUCAGCUCUGAAGUGUAAUAACAUGUAACAUGAUAUUUGUUCUUACUACAGAUCCUUUACUUCCAUCAAUCAUGCUUCCCUGUAUGUGUAACCUUUCUAGAGUCUUGUGAGGGCAGUAUUGGUGCUUACUGUGUGUGUUGAACAUCAAAUUGCAUAUCUUAUUUUACCAGUGAAACUGACAGAUCCACUGCCAGCUUUUAUUUGAUCAUUUACUUCACCUUUGUGUUAUUAUUAUGUUUAUUAUUAUUAUGAUAGCAUCGUGUAACCCAUGUGCUGGAAAAUUUUUAUGCAGCUAUUAUAGUAUCAGCUGUGAUCAGGCUAUGAUCUUUUGUUUCUUUUUCUUUCCAGGAUGGGAAUGGCAUUAGUGGUUUGGGUUUUAAACAUGAAAGUGGCAUGGGUAAUGUAUGAGGGGUAUUUGUAUGCUGCUGUAUUUUUAACCCCGCAGAAGUGCUGAACACUCAGAGCCAAGUUGGAGCAGUGCCCGUGGCUGUCUCUGAUGGUGGGGUCCUGGUUUUGUGCUCCUAUCAUAUUUGAGCUUAAAUGCAACUUAAGUCAGCUUUGCAACUGUAAAAUUGUAUUCUUCCUAUUCCUUCCAAUAGAUGCUUUAAGUUAUAUCAUAAAGAUACUUUGUUGCUACUCUCACUGCUAAUUACCUUGGCUGUGAAACAAAUAGCUUUCACUGAUUGCAGCUAGGAUUUUUAGUGAAUUAAACUGUUGCUGUUAGGCUAUUGAAUGUAACUAAUAAAUAAAAUAUACAAAAAA